UACGUAAUUAAUAUUCAUGAGUUAUGCUCAGAUGGGAUUUUCCUUGCUGUACAUACUUUCGGUUUCAGAUUUGAACCUUGUGUGCAGGUUACACGAGAAGCACUCUUAUUUAUCUUCUUUAUGUACUGUUUUUAAACUAUAAUGUAUUAAAUGAAUGCGACGUCGACAUUGAAAACAUUUUAAAGCAGAUUUUCAGUAGUAUCUACUAAGUGCUGGAGAUGAAGGAUAAGAUGGCCGUUCCUCUGUUUGCCCUGUUGGCAGUGUGUGUUGAUGUGUGUGCCGUGAUGUUCAUUGGUGCUAUCCAGCUCUCCCCGUCCUUCAUUAAUAACACCUUCAUCCUGCUGUGGGCCGGUGGACUGCUCCGAUCAUGUCUCCUCCUCUUCAUCUCCUUCACUUACCCUGGCAGCCCGGCGUGGAUGAAAGGAUUCGAGGGGGUGCAGACGGCUGUAAUUCACGGUCUUCUCUAUCCAGUGUAUAUUUCUUUCCUCUGUGCUUGUGACAGGUCUACGGUGGAGCUGGUGUGGGGCUGGCACACCUGUCAAGGGCUCCUGCAGGGCUAUGUGGUGUUGGCUUUGUCUUUGUUGUUGUGGAAACGCUAUGUUCCCAAUCUCCUCCCGACAGCCAAAAAGCAGAAAACAGAGCAGAAGGGCAAGGCUUCACUGCAAAGGCUGCUGGGAUACAUGCAGCCUUUCAGUGGACGUUUUGCAGUAGUCUUCUUCUUCGUGGUUAUUUCUUCAUUAGGUGAAAUGGCGAUUCCUCAUUACACUGGUAAAAUGACAGACUGGAUCAUGAAUGAAGAUGAACCCGAGGCAUUUAACCACGCUAUCACUGUCAUGACACUGAUGACCAUUAUGAGCGCUGUGUGUGAGUUUGUGUGUGACCUCAUCUACAACAUCACCAUGAGCCGAAUUCACACGUCCAUCCAAGGACUCGUCUUCCAGUCUGUGCUGAAGCAGGAUAUUGCGUUCUUUGAUAAAGCUUCCACAGGGGAUAUUGUAUCUCGCAUCACCACCGACACCAACACCAUGAGCGAGUCUCUGAGUGAGAAGUUGAGUCUGCUCAUGUGGUACUUCAUGCGUGUCAUCUUCCUGUUCGGCUCCAUGCUGCUGCUCUCCACCAGGCUGUCCAUCUUCACCGCACUCGGCCUCCCCAUCAUCUGGAUCAUCCCAGAAUUUUCCGGCCAGUUUUACCAGAAACUUUCUGCACAAGUGCAAGAAUCUCUCGCCAAGGCCAAUGAUGUUGCCACGGAAACCUUUUCUUCCAUGAAGACAGUGAGGAGCUUUGCAAACGAGGAUGGAGAAACCGAGAGGUACAGGAAGUGCUUGGAGGACACAUAUGCCCUGAAUAAAGUGGAAGCCGCAGCUUAUGCAGCCUCAACUUGGACCAAUAGUAUGUCCAGUCUGGCUUUGAAAGUCAGUAUACUGUACUAUGGAGGGCGGCUUGUGACAGGAAGUGAUGUCAGUAGUGGUGAUCUGGUGUCCUUUGUGCUGUAUGAGCUUCAGUUCACAUCAGCUGUGGAGGUACUGAUGUCAUACUGGCCGCAUGUAAAGAAGGCGGUCGGUGCUUCAGAGAAAAUCUUUGAGUACGUGGACCGAAAGCCUGAUAUUCCUCCAGAUGGAUCCCUCACUCCUCAAAGUCUGAAAGGACAUGUGCAAUUCAAAAAUAUCACAUUUGCUUAUCCAAAGCGACCGGACACAGAUGUGCUAAAGAACAUUUCUCUUGAGCUGAAGCCAGGCCAGAUGACAGCUCUGGUGGGUCCAUCAGGUUCUGGAAAAAGCACUAUUGUGAGUUUGCUGGAGAGAUUUUACCAGCCUCAAAACGGGGAGAUUUUAUUGGACCAGAAGCCACUACUGAAGUACAAGGACCAAUAUCUACAUGAGAAGAUUACUGUGGUGUCACAGGAGCCAGUUCUGUUUGCUCGGUCAGUGCGGGAAAACAUCAAAUAUGGCAAAGAAAAUGCCUCGGAUGAAGAAAUGCGUGCUGCCGCCAAGCUGGCCAAUGCAGAUGACUUCAUUGCCAGUUUACCUAAAGGAUAUGACACAGAUGCUGGAGAGAAGGGCGGUCAGGUCUCCGGAGGUCAGAAGCAGCGUAUCGCCAUCGCCAGAGCUCUGAUUCAGAAACCGCAGAUUCUAGUGCUUGAUGAUGCUACCAGUUCCCUGGACACCGAGAGUGAACACAGGGUGCACAGCGCUCUGCAGAAGGAGCUGAAGAGCUGUACGGUGCUGCUCGUCUCUCACAGACUGAGCGGCGUGGAAAAGGCACAUCACAUCAUCUUCCUCCGAGAAGGGCAAGUGGCCGAGGAGGGGACCCAUGAAGAACUGGUGGCCAAAAAUGGAUUCUAUGCAGAGUUCGUGAAACAACAGAAUACUUCUAUCCAUCGCAACACAGAAGACGUUACAAACUCCGGUCAAUGAUAGACUAGCUGAUCUAUAUUAAAUCCGAGCCAGCACAAAUAAGAUUACAAAUCUUUGCAUUUUUUCUCCAUUAACACAUAUUUCUCAGCUUUUCAAUUAUGUAAAUGCUACUAGUGUUUUUAAAUUAGGUGUAAAUAUCACAAAAAAUGCAAGAAAAGGUAUGGGUGAAUCUCUCUAAAAUAUGUCCAGGUUUCCUAAUUAUUAUUAUUCUUAAUUACUUAUUUUUUUGCAUGUAGUAUUUUUUAACCUAUUAUUAGGGAACCUAUUUUAUUUUUAUUUAUUUUCCGUUUUAUUUUUAUGCAUCCUUUUCCUUUUUAUUUCUGGAUAAAUAUGUCCUGUUCUUGACAUAUUUCCUGAGACUCACCCAUAUACUGUUAGCCAGGGCUUAUUAAAUCAUUUGUAAUACACUUUCCCAGCAAAGUACUUCAA